AUGCCUGCGAUCAUCUUCAUCAACAAGGUGCGGGUGGAGAACCUGCCCCCGGCAGCGCAGGGGACGCCGGGCCUUUUUCGGGUGAAAUUCCGGGCGGGAACAGAGGGGCGAUCGCCGGCAGAAACGGUACCCAAGCCGGCGAACCCGGAUGGCUCGGUCGAGUGGCUGGAGACGCUGGACAUCACGGUGCACGACACGAGCUUCCCGCUGAUAGCAGUCGUCCAGCAGACCAACUACCUCGGGGGGUGGAGCCUGGUCCCCGACGGCCGCUUCGAGGGCGCGGCCGUCAGCGAGCUGCCCAACGAGUGGCGCCACGCGUCCUCCAUCCCGACCGCCCCCACGUUCUACGCCCAGCUGAGCGUCCACGUGGAGGGAGGAACGCAGCGCGACACCCGGCUGCCACCGUUCGCCGGCAUGGACAAGCCCGCCGGCGGGGGGGGGUUCCGCGGGGGGCCCGUUGGCGGCGGCGGCGGCCGCGGUGGGCGGGGCGGCUGGGGUGGCCGAAGUGAUUUUUACCCGGGCGGUGGCCGGGGCAGGCGGGGCGGCAGGCGGGGCGCUGCCGGUGGUUUUGCUUACCCCGCUGGUGAUGGGGGGAGCGGCUGGGGUGGUUGGGUCGGUCACGCACCACCCUCUCAGAUGGCCACAGCUGGCGGCUCCUUCAGCGGCUUAAGCGCAUCCUCCGGGAGUAUCGGUUACGGUAGCGCGGCCGGGUCGCCGGGCGUGUACGGGGACGCUCGGGUCGGGGAUGGCGCCGCCGCCAGCGGUGCGCCCAUCGACCGCACACCCUCUUGGGGAGCGUCGUCGGCGGGGAGUGGCAUGCCGACCGCCAUCGCGGAGCCGGCGUUUCCCUUCGAGCCUGCUCCGCCGGGGGCGCGCGGCAGACACUCUUCGAUGACAGUGCCGAGCGCUCCGCGCGUCCCCGUCUCCCUGCGACGGCACCAGUCCGCGGGCUUUGUGCAGAGGGAGUCCAGCACCCACAGUAGCCGGGACGGGAGCUGGCGGUUCUCGCUUGGGGCGGCAGACAUGCCUUCUGUCGGGGAGGCGCCUGUCGUGAGAGGAGCGUCGUUGGAUGGGUCAGAGUCGGAGCGGUUUCCGCCGGCGGCGGACGGGCGGCUCCGUUCCCCGGUGGGAUCGUACGCGCCGUCUGGCCUCCGUUCCCCGGUGGGAACGCACGUGCCGUCCCCCCUGCUGGACAUGAGCCGCGAGCUGGAAGAAGAAGAAGAGGAAGAGGGCCGGGCACCGGGAGCGGGCCAGCAGCAACAGGUGAAGAGGGAAGAAGGUUUUCGGGCGGCGUACAAGCGCCCGAGCAGCGACGGGGGCUCCUGGGCUAAGGAGAGGCGGGAAACGGAGGAGCGAAUGGAAGAGGUCAAGACGGAGCGGCGAUCCGGGGAAGACGUUGAGCCUUACGCCGAAGCCACUGCUGCUGCCCCACCCGUGGUUGCUUCUACCAUCCCGGUUUCCCGUAAGAGAAUGUUUUCAUUCGCCAAGCUAAGGGGGUCUAGCAGCGGCAGCAGGGGGUCAUCCGCCGCGGCCUCUUCCUCGACUUCGGAGAGCGAACUCCAACCAAGUCGCAGGAGGUUGGCAGCGGUGCCCUCCACCGCGUCCGCGCCACUUGCGGAAGAGAAGGAGGAGGGGAGGGAGGAGGGAAAGGGAGCGCCGUCGGGAGCGAAGAAAGCGCUCGGGAAGUUGGCCGCAGCCGGGAAAAUCUCUUUGCGCAAAAAAAAAAACAAGAGCAUGCGCGAGGUGCGGGCGCCGGCCAUGCGGGGGGCUGCGGCGCCGGCGCCGCUGUUGCGGCCGCAGUUCGUGGCUGCGCCGCCGGCGGGGGCUGCGCCAUCUGGGGCUGCGCCUCCGCCGCCGCCGCCGCCGCUGCCAGUGCCGCUGCCGCGCGGCCCCGGGGGACGGGUUUACGGCACCAGAACGGCAACUCUCACCACCGGUGCAGUGCGUCCUGCUCGCGGCCGAGGCACGAGCGGACCACGAUCUCCCCCCGCACGGUCAUCGGUAGACUCAUCAAGGACAAGGGGAGAGUCGACGCUGGCACCGCCGCCCCCUCUCACUCCUCCGCCGACGUACUCCGACGCUCUCCGACUGCGGGGUUCUUUACCCCCAACGGAGUUCAUUCGCCCGCCACCGGAGGCACCGGAGUUGCGCGAGCCCGAGUGGAUGUCGUCCAACUCGCAACCCCUCGAGGGGGCGCCACGUUUGCCUGACAGGAGAGGAGCGGUGGCGGAGGCGGAGGCGGCGGCGUCAGCUCGAAGAAUGGACGCGGCUCUAGCUGCCGUGGGGGAGCUGACGCGGAGGCGUGAUUCCCCCGCAAGAGAGCACUCCCGCUCCAUUGGAGGUUAUCGGUCCUUCGCAGCUGCUGGGUCCGACACGGAGGUUGCUUACGACACAGGAAGGGCUCUUGGCACAGAAAUGGCGCCUCGCGGUUCCUACUCCCCCACGGAAAGAGCCGAAGUCCGCAGCAUGGAAGAUGGGGACGAGGAUGAUUCGUUCCCGUCCGCCUACUCCGCAAUGCCUCAAGACUCGCUGGAAGUACGGAAUGGAGGGAGGCCUGUGUACCCGGUGGUUCGGCCUCGAGGACACCUGGGGCCGUCGGAAGCCAUCCCCGGCGACGGCCGGUCUGCGCCCCGGCUGCUUGCCCAAAGCACGACGGCAUCGUCACGAAGCACGACAGCUUCGGUGAUGAACGGGGAUACGCCGGUCGACCACUCCACGCGGGGGGUGAUGCCGCCCGGGGGGGAUCCCGUUGUGUCUUCGUGGUUUGCGCCCCCCCCGAGAGACCCCGUGAUUUUCUCGUGCUUUGCGCCGUCUGCCGUGACCCCCGGAAUAGCGUUCGACCUGACUGUCAAGGCGUUCCUCCGGGCGGCUAGAGAGGCCGCCGUGCGCGAGGCGAUGGCGGAGGGAGCCGCCGAGGCGGGGAGGCCUGGGGGCAUGAUGGUCUCCAAAGGGACCCGGAUGACUGUUGAGCUGAACUUACCAGAGCAUUCCUUCAAGAUGCUGCAGCCCGUGGACUCCAGCAACGGUCCCGCAUCCGUCGAACGGCUGUCCGUGAGCGACUUCACGUGGGCCGGCGAGACCACAGGCGCCACGUUCAGGGCCGCGUGUAUCCCGGGCACCCCGCCCGGGCGGGUGCAGUGUGGGGCGAAAAUAAUCGAGGGCAGGAGGGUGACGCAUCUCUCCUUCGGCAUCGAGGUGGCGGAGCUUGGGGCUACCCCGCGGGCGUUGCUCUGCGACAGCAACGGCGAGCUCGACACCGUCAUGGAGGAGGUCAAGGAUAACGUGGCGGAGGUCCCGUUCGACGAGCUGGAGUUCGUCAAGGAGCUCGGGCAGGGGGUCCAGGGAAAAACCUCUCACUGCCGUUGGCGAGGCAACGACGUCGCGGUCAAGAGCCUAGCGUCGCACCCUUCCUUCUUCCCUUCGAUCGCCCAGACCCGCUCCGGCCUGGAGCACGAGGCCACCAUCCUCUCCCUCAUCGGACACCACCCGAACAUCGUGCAGUUCUUCGGCCUCAGCCGGCGGGACGGCGCCUGCGGCGACGAGGAGAUACACGUCGUCACGAAGCUGGAAGAGGGAGGCAGCAUGGAAGGAGUGCUGGGCGUUAGGGCGGGGAGGGCGAACGGCUGGCAUUCCCCGGUCUCGAACGGCGGCAUCGGCGGCAUCGGCAACGGUAACGGUAACGGGUGGAACGGCCGCGGCGCGGAGUUCGACGGGAGCACGCGGGAAGUUUGGGCUUGGGAUAUCGCACGCGGGCUGGCAAACUCUCACGCGGCUGGCGUCCUCCACAACGACAUCGCGAGCCGAAAUGCCUUGCUGUCGAGAGCGGGGAUCGGGGGGCGGGGCCUCCUGUGCGACUUCGGGAUAAGCCGGUUUCUGCAAGAGAAGGGAGUCGCCAAGGCGUUUCUCAUCGAUCCGGAGGACCAUGAUGACGUUUGGCCGAUUCGGCAGAUGCCCCGGGAGUCGCUGACGCACCCGUUUCCGCUGACCGCAGAGAGUGAUGCGUGGAUGUACGGCAUGUUCUUGUACGAGGUCUUCGAGGGUGAGCAGCCAUGGGCAGGGCUCGAGAAGUCCGAGGUUAAGCGCCUGAUAUUGGAAGGGAGGCCCGCCCCCAAGGCCCCGGAGAUGCUGAGGCAACGCGGCGACCGCCUCGUGAAGCUUUACGAGAGCUGCUUGAGCGACGACAGCACCAAGCGGCCGAACUUAGAGCGUAUCUUGGACCAGUUCUCGCCUGCCUUGUCUCCCUCGGAUUGGAUGGCGUAGGGUUGGACGUGUGGCACACUGCUGGCGAAGAGGUUGACGAACGCUGCACCACGUUGCAGCUUGGCCCUGUGAUUUGCAGCUGACGAUAAUUAGUGGUACCUCGGGGCACUUGUGGAGAAGCAGUGUGAAGGAAGGGUGGCUCGGUUGUAGCACGUACCCACCAUUCCAAUCCAAAUUUUCGCUUCCCACUCUAGCACGCUUGUUUUUUCUACAGGAGGUGGCGACGGCUAGCGGAGACAGACGAUUGUCCGCAGUUUCUUACUUGAUGCGCGAGGAGGCUCGGAGCGUUGCCUUGUACGCGUUUCGAUUCCGCGAGGUGCUUUGAAACCGUCAGUCAACUAUUUUCCGUUUGUUUUAUCUCUUGUUUUUAACUAUUAAAUACAUUGUAUUUCUAUUAUUUAGCGUAGAAGACUAUCCCCGCUCCCUGAUUAUAGUUCUCAGGCUUUUGUCUGCGAGUUUCUUGUCGUCCGCUUUGUCAGUGGCUUUGUGGUACUGACGGAAAUGGACACGUCAUUUGAUGUAGCCGGUCCUAAAACCCGCUUGGAGGGUUGUUCCCGGUAUUCGAUUUCUCUCGGUAUUUGCGGUUCUUAGAAAUAUAUUCCCAGCAAAGUGGUGGACGGAAUGUUUUUUGUUCCAGAUGAAGAUUGUGGCGGAUAAACGCACACACCAUCUGCUGUUGGUUAAAUACCUUGUGUGUGAGGGCAAAGCUCGUCGCAAGCUUAGUAGCUACAGUAUUGUUGGCAGAUUGGUAAUGGUGGGGGUACGCAUCGAGUGUCUGGUGAGAUCUGUUUAGGGUCCACGCGUUCUUUCGCCUCUCGUGCAAUGUUCCUCUGUUUGGUACUCUUGUUGUUUUCGUAUAUGUUCAUUCGUCCGCAUGUAUCAUAUGCUCUCUAUUGGGUACGUACUCGAGUUGGCGUGUUUGUCGACGACGGCGGGGUUCGCGAAGGGGGCCCCGUGGCGUGCGUUUUUGCGUGCGUGGUAGUGUCCGGAUCGUGCCGCCGCGGCGCCCCGCACGUCGUCUGCUCUUGUUGUGUCUCUUUGCUUUGUCAAUUUACCCGUUGUUUGUGGUGGUUUUCAUCUCGGAAACCGGUUGCGUGCGGGCACCUCUCCUGUAGACUAUUAUUGUUCUCUCUGCAACUCUAGCUUCACCGCUAGUUAGACGGAGGGCUAGCCAGUUCGAUGCAUUAGUAGUAUAGGCCUUGACAGCGGGGGGGGCAUAUUAGGGGCAUGUUAUGCUCUCCCGUUUCCUUCCUAAAUAUGUAGUGUGAUUUAUUUGAAGUGUUCGGUGCUGUUCGCAUGUUGUAGAAGAAAGUCACGCCUGCGGCGCCGGUAAUUUUGAAGGAGCGCGAAGCGAGGCUGCGUCUCCGACGCGCACAAUUUUCGCGAGCAGCGCGAUGGGAUUUAUAUUUUUUUACUGUUCCCCGCGCGCGCUAUAUGUGUGUGUCUCUCUGCAGCUUAUCUGUCUGUCGUCU